AUAUUACUUAUUAAGUAAUAAUUUUUAUCAAUGAUUUCCAUUAACAACAAUUAUAGAGAUUUUACUACUAAUGGCAAAAUCGGUUGCAAUUUGUGCGGAAGUAACGGUGCAUCGGUCAGGUGCGACAAAUGCCAAUCAAUGGCUUUCUGUAUAUCGUGUGACGACAUGUAUCACAGGCACCCUAAGCGCCGGUAUCAUCUGAGAAAAGCCGUUGCCAUUGAUAAUACGGAAAUGUUAGACAACAUUAUUGGCAAACCUAAUAACGGGGACAGUAGUCGUAUGGGUGGACAUCCAUCAAAAAUGCCGGUUCCGCCUCCCAGACGAAAACGUAAAGGACUACUAUUGUCUAGUAUUAAGGAAACAUUUACAAGCACUGGGCAUAUGUUGCGCCGGUAUCUGAGCAAUGAAAAAAUAUCGAUACCUUCCCAGAGUAGUAAUCAUAAUAAUAAUAAUAAUAAUUCAAAUAGUUAUGGUUUAGAUAGCAUUCACAAUAAUCGACAAGAGGUACCCCUAAUUGAUAGGCCGAUGAUGCAAACCAUACGUACUGAUGGCCGGUAUAUACAACCCCAACCCCAACAACCCCAACACCAACAACAAUCUCAACCAUACCCUCAACAACAACAAACACGUGUUAUAUUAUCAAAUGCUAGCAAUAAUUACAACAAUACUAAUAAUAAUAGAGAUAUACAUAAAACUAGUGUCAAACAGUUGGCUACACCUACACCCCCACCACCGUCACCAACAACAACAACAUCAGUGAAUCAACGAUUCAAUUCAAUGCAAUAUAAUUCACAAGCAAAUCAACAGCGAAAACAAUCGGAUCCAUUGCCGGCCACACCUCCGCCGCCAGUAUCUACAGGAGGACAGUCAGCAUUUAAACCGAUAUCACAUCAACAGUCACAACGACAACUACCGCCACCACUACUGCCUCCACGGUUAACACCAACACCACCGCAAACGCCACGACAACCGAUGUAUGAAAACUAUCGGAAGGGCUCACUGCCUGUCGUCGACCAUCGACUGCUGGGACGGAGUUCCUCAUUGAAUAGGGUGUCCACCAGUAUAGGCGACAUAUCGUGUCAAUCGUCGGCAUCGCUGACACCGGAUCCCCGACUAGACGACAACCGACGCGGACAACAACAACACACCGCCGCCGACCACAAUCAGAGACCAACCAUAGCCGGCGGCGGCGGCGCCAGCAAUACAUUAGAGCGACGAAACUUUUCAUUCAAUGACAUCAACCGAUCGUUUGACGACAUCUCACGUUUCCCGGUGUCGUCGUCGUCGGCCUAUCCAUCCCAACAGCAACUGUUCAGCAACAAUACCUGUCCGUAUCAUUACUAUUAUCCACCGCAGCCGCCGCAGCCGUCAAUGAUACCGAUAGGACCGCAUUAUUUAGGCUACCCGUGGGGUACCGGUUCGCUGAACAAUUCACUCGAAGGUGGUCUUCACCAUCUGGCCAACGAUUGCGACUACGAUUCGGAUAGAAGCGGCUCCGGUAGGCAUCGCCACCACCAUCACCAACACCAUCAGCACCAGCAGGCUAUCAAUGAUCAUCGAAACAGGAGCUCAAGUAUGAAACGCUGUCAGUCGGCCUUUCAGAUGCAUAACCCCCCGCCGUCGCCUUUUGACGUCGGCAUCGGUGGUGGUGGCCAGUGUCUACCGGUUCAGCCGCCCUAUUGCUAUCAAAAUCAUUGUUGCGGCGGCCAUUCGUACCCGAGUCCAGUGCCACCGCCAUUGUUAUCGCCAUUUCAGGCCAGUAGUGGUGGUGCUACUGGUCAUCAUCAGUCACAGUCAUACAGUUUGGCCGCCGCCGCCGCCGCCGGUCGUCCGUCAAGUGUCGACAAUAUACUGAUGAUGACUGAGUCCAACAACAAACCGUCGGCAAACAAGUCGUCGUCGUCGUCGUCGCGAAAGAUUAAGAUUAAGACCCGCGCGGCGAGCACUGGUGGUAGCGGUAGCGGACAGUUGUCCGAUUCGGGCGGCCGAUCGGCUACUACUACUACUACUACUACUACAUCGUCGACAUCGGGCAGACAUCACAGCGACUUUGAUGAUGAUGUCGACGACGACAAUGUCGAUGAAGUGGAAGAAGAUUUUUUCUCCGCCAGCGAUGAUGACAAACAAACCAGUGAUGAGGAGGAGGAGGAGGACGUGGAGGACAGUGAUGGCGAUAAUACUAAUAGCGGUGCUAUUGAUGACUUGCCGCCAGCACCGGCAGGCAAUUGGUCGUGUAGAUUUUGUACGUAUAUUAAUGACAAUCAGAAAACAAUUUGCGAUAUUUGUAGCAAAACUAAUACCAGUCCUUCAACAAAAAAACAUACCGACUCUUCCGUAUCGAUAAUAACCAACAAAAAUCAAUCAAAAAAAUCACUGAAACAAAAAAAAUCAUUGAAAAUAAAACAACAAAACAAUAGCAGACAACUGAUCACAUCUGAUAAGAAAAAUGAGAUCAAAAAUCAGCGAAAAAUUAUUAUUAAUAAAAAAUCUAAUAAUAAUAUAAAAUUUAAUAAUACAAAUACUAAUAAUAAUCUCAGAGACGAUAGUUUAGUUGUCUUUGACGACCAGCUAAUCGCCGAACAGAACCAGAUUGAAAAAGAGCUGAUCCGACGUCUGGAAAUUGAAAGACAAUUGGAUGAAGAAAAUGCUAGAAUAGAUAGACGUGAAGAAUAUAAUCGUCGAAAAAGUCAGGGUUUGGCCGUCGAUAAGGAACUGAUGGAUCAGAUUAUAGCCGAUAAUAAUAAUAGUAAUAAUAAUAAUAAUGACAAUCACCGGGAAUCAGAUGCACCGGCAGUUGGGGACAGUAGUGUCACUAAUAGUAAUACUAAUACUAAUAAUGAUAAUAAUCGUCAAAAUUCUGGCGGCGAUAAUAAAGUGUCGGAUAAUUCCCGGAAAAAUUCUACGAUAAUAGACGAGAAUAUUCUUAAUAAUAAUCAAAAUCAGACACCAAAUGGCAUCAUAACCACCGCCGCUAACUUAGCCAACAAUGGCCAACAAAUUGAUCCGAACAUUAUCGGCAGCGGCGUCGGCGUCGGCGUCGCCGGGGACGACAAUGUGGCCAAUCAGUUGGUCAACCGAUACCAGAUGAUGGCGUUGGGUACCCAACGGCUGGUGGCCAACAAUCAGUUUGUUGUGAACGAUAGGCGUCCAUCGUAUCCACCGUCGCCAUCAUAUCAUCAUCAGUCGGCGUUUAAUUUUAACGGCGGCGGCGGGUAUGGUAUGCAAAUGAUGGCCAAUAACCUAAUGGCCAAUCAGAUGGCGGCCAACAAUAAUAAUAAUCCAAUGUUAGUCCAAAAUCAUCAGCUAAUGAUGAAUCCGCUGAUGAAUCCAUUGCCGGCCAUGUAUGGCAAUAAUAAUAACCCGAUGGCGGCCUCCUAUUCAUACCAGUCCAGUAUCAAUGGAUCGCAGACCAGUUUGGAUCGGUUUGGUGUUCCCGGCGGUGGCGGUGGUGUCAUGUAUCCAAUGGUCGGGUCAUCGAUGGUCAACGAUAAUCCAUAUAUGAAUAAUAAUAUGAAUAAUAAUCCGUUAUUAUUACCGCAACAGCAGUCAUCGUCGGCUACGGCAUCGAUAAUGUCGUCCAGGUAUUCAAGUUGCGAAAACUUGCCGUCGUAUAGCACCGGUAGUAUCAUCGGUGGUAACAACAACACCAGUAACAGCACAGUUAGCCAACAAUGUGAACGAUCCCAUAAUAGUAAUAAUGGCAAUAAUAAUACUACCGGUAAUAAUAAAAGCCAAUUUGAAUCGGGCCUACAAUUGAUACAAUUGUUACGCGAUGCCGAUAGACGCGGCUAUACUGCCGACGAUGUCCAAGUGGCCAUCGAUUAUAAUCCAGACAAACCGUUAGACUGGUUGGACGAAAACUGGCAUACAAUGUGCGAAACUGUCCAAACAUUGACCAACAAUCAGAUUAUGCGUGAAUCGCGAUCGGGUAGCAAUCGGUACGGGGAUUGGGAUCUACUGAGAGAACAUGAAGCCAAACAAGCCCUUCGGGAUAGUAAGGGUAACAUAUGGUUAGCCAUUGAAAAGUGUGUCCAACAAAAGGAAAUAACCGUAAAUCAACAAAACGAAGUCAAAGGCCAACAACAGCCGUCGGUAACGACGACCACAAAGUCGAUGACCGCCACUACAGCGUACGGUAAGCCCACGGAAACGGACGUUAGCGGCGGCGGCAGUGGUGGCGGUAGUGGUGGACAUAAAACUUCAUUAUCGAUGAAGAUAUUGGGUUUCGGUUCGGGCAAUGAUAACAAUGACCAGAAUAAUAAUAAUAAUGGCCAACAAUUGUUUAGGGAAAGCACCACAACCAUAUCGUCGACAUAUAAUUAUUUUAUUACCGACGAUAACGAAGUCCAAGUGAUGCCAAUUGGCGGCACCGGUGCCGACAUCAGUGGUAACGGUGGCAGUGGUGGCGAUGAUACUGUCAAUGACACCGAAAGACGACUUAUGGAACAGCUGUUGAACGAAUGGAAAACCGAAAAACUAAUGUCCGAUCGGUUGAGACAACAGGAGAAGGAAAGGGAAAAAUUUCGAAAGUUUAUGGAAUUACAGAAACGAUUCAAAGAGUUUGAAGACAACGACAAUGACGACGAAGAAGACAUCGGUGGUAAUGGUGUUGAAGAAGUAGUAAAAGUCGGUAAUCAAGAACUAGUAGAUGAAGACGACUCGAUCGCCACCACCACUACUACUACUACUACUACGGGAGGCGCUGUUGAAGAUCUACCGCUGGAUGACGAUAGCGGUCGGGGAGACGGCAGCGAUGGCGGCGGUGACCGUCAGUUUGAUGUCGCCAAUGAUGGCAACAAUGAUAAUAAUAAUAAGCACAUCAAUAGUGGACAUCAAUUGUCUACUGUUCCCGCCGUUGAUGUCGGUCGAGAUGAUGGCGGCGACCAAAAUGGCGACGAAUCGAUGGUUAUCGACGAAUUGGUGUUACUUCUAGAACAUCCAAAUGCUGGCAAUAAUACCGAUGAAGACCUAAUGAACGAGUAUUAUAGCGAUGAAGAACUAGAGGAAGAGGAAGAAGAGGUUGAAGAAGAAGAAGAAGAAGGAGUAGAGUUGGAUGAGGAGGAAGAAGAAGAAGUAGAAGAAGAAGACAUCGAUGACGACGAGUUUGACAGAAUUGAUGCCAGAAUUCAGGCAAAAUUCGAGUCAAAUUUCCUGAAGAAUAUUACAAACAAUAAUAAUAAUAAUAGCAAUAAAUCUUUGAAAUUAUCGACAAAUUUACUGAAGAAAAAAUCCGAUGAUAUUGUUGUUGUGAACGACGAGGAGGACGACUACGACGAUGAAGAAGAAAAAGAAGAAUAUAUUGAUGACAAUGAAGUUGUUGUCAUUCAAACUAAUGAUGAAUCAAUUGGUGACGAAAUUUUAGUAACAAAUGUUUUGCCAAAAAUUGAUGAUAAUUUUGGUGAUAGUAGUAGUAGUAGUAGUAUUAAUGGUAGUAAUAGUGGCCAACAAAUUGCUAAUCAAAAUAAAACUAUUGAUAAAAAUCAGUUAUCAUUUGAAACUAGUGUCGAAAAUAUAGUACUACUUCAACAACAAUCAGUUACCACUACUACUACUACUGAUGUUAACAACAAAACUAUUACAACUAAUCUAAAUCAAAAUACCGGUGCUGUGACUAAACCAACAACAACAACACCAAGUGGUGGACAUAAUGUAAAAUUAAAUGAUAAAAAAUUAAUUAAACAAAAUGUUCAACAAAUUGGACCGAAAAUUGAAUCAAAAAUUGAACCGAAAAUUGAACAAAAAAUUCAACCGAAAAUUGAAUCAAAAAUUGAACCGAAAAUUGAAUCAAAAAUUGAACCGAAAAUUGAAUCAAAAAUUGAACCGAAAAUUGAAUCAAAAAUUGAACCGAAAAUUGAACAAAAAAUUGAAUCGAAAAUUGAAUCAAAAAUUAAACCGAAAAUUGAACAAAAAAUUGAAUCGAAAAUUGAAUCAAAAAUUGAACCGAAAAUUGAACAAAAAAUUGAAUCGAAAAUUGAACCGAAAAUUGAACCGAAAAUUGAACCGAAAAUUGAAUCAAAAAUUGAAUCAAAAAUUGAACCGAAAAUUGAAUCAAAGAUUGAACCGAAAAUUGAAUCAAAGAUUGAACCGAAAAUUGAAUCAAAAAUUGGACCGAAAAUUGAAUCAAAAAUUGAAUCAAAAAUUGAACCGAAAAUUGAAUCAAAGAUUGAACCGAAAAUUGAAUCAAAGAUUGAACCGAAAAUUGAAUCAAAAAUUGAAUCAAAAAUUGGAUCAAAUAGUGAAACAAUUAGUAAAGAAAAGUCAAAAACUGUUGAACUAUCAGAAAGUGAUAAACAAAUUGAACAGAAAAUUGUCGACAAAAUCAUUGGUAAAGUGUCGACCAAAGGAAAGGCUAGAAAAACCAGUGCCAGUAGUCAUCAACAGCAAACUGUUGAGGAAAUACCUAAUGAUUUGCUGCCUAUAGCUGACAGUCUUGAGACCACCAGUGAUAGCAGUGGCGGCGGUAAUGAUAAUAAUCGUCAAAACAAUGACAAUGAAGAAGAAGUAGAAGAAUUAGUAGAAGAAAACAAUCUGAAGACUACUAGUGGUAGACAACAGAAGAAGAACAGAAAAGAUAUGAUGAAAGAGAUCGACAAAAAUUUGCGCCAAAGUCUCGAUGAAGUAGAGCUUAUGGAUCAGGAGCUGAUCAGCACAGGUAGUGCCAGUAGUAGUAGUCCUACUGCAGUAGUAGUCGACAAUAGCGGUACCGACAAUACGUCGGUGACGACCAUCGCUACCGUUGUCCAUCAGCAGCCAGUAGUAGCAACAGUAGGGAUGGCCAGUCAGCCCAAGCAGCACCUGUACGACGAAAGUUUCGGGUGGGCCCGAACCGACUACGAGUGCGAACUAUGUUGUCUGGUCUACUCGAUUGAUGACCUGGUGGCACUGAUAUCCUGUACCCAUAAAGCUUGUCGACAAUGUCUGGCCAAGUAUUAUACGGUACAGAUUAGGGAACGCCAACGGCUGGUAAUUAGUUGUCCGUUUUGCGAGGAACCGGCCAUCGAUACCGACGAUGACGAUCGGGUUUUCGACUAUUUAGCGCUUUUGGAUUUGUUGGUCAAAUAUCUGGUUGCCGACGAUGUCUACGAACUGUUUCAACGCAAGUGUCGCGAUCGGGCACUGAUGCGCGACCCGAGCUUUCAAUGGUGUCCACAGUGCAGCUCCGGGUUUAUCGGGCAGAACCUACAGGGUAUGACCAUUAUGUGUCCCGAUUGUAAAACUGUUUCGUGUAUACAGUGCAAGAAAAAAUGGCGGAAACAACAUUUCAAUAUAACAUGCGAACAGUUCGCUCAAUGGGAAGUGGAUAACGAUCCGGCUUUCGCUGAACAACAACUGGACAAACAUCUCAAAGAGUUUGGAAUCGACUGUCCAAACUGUAAGUUCAGGUAUCAGUUGGCUAAAGGCGGUUGUAUGCACUUCCGGUGCAUCCAAUGUUCAUACGAUUUUUGCGGCGGCUGUCAGCGGCCGUUCAAAAUGGGAACUAGGUGCGGUGUAUCGCCGUUUUGCGAAAAGUUAGGCCUUCACGCCCACCAUCCGCGCAAUUGUCUGUUUUAUUUGAGAGAUACCGUCACUCAGGAUCUACAGUCACUACUGGAUAGAAACCAAAUCAAAUACCUGACUGUCCUCGAGUCGGGCGGCGGCAGCGGCGGCGACCACAACAAGACGGCCACCCGAUGUCCAGUAAUGGAACAGAAAGAGACGGACACCGGUAUGCGGGACGAGCCGUGCAAUCGUUAUGUCGAAAGUGCCGGUCUUUGCAGACUUCACUAUAAAGAAUAUUUAGGUGAUCUGAUCUGGAAGAAUGGUAUCGAUCCGGUGGACAUCUUCGACAACGACCAGCUGGAACUGGUAGUCAAACGGGAAAAUAUUAGACUACCCCCUAAAGGAUGUAAUAAUAAUGCAAAUACCCGACAAUUGUAUAGGAAAUUAUUGAUUGAGCUCAUCAACGAAAAAAUUCCACUAAAUCUUCAUUAA